CACCCAUUUCUCCCUCUCUCCCAACCUAAAACCAGAGAGAGAGAGGGAGGGAGAGAGAGAGAGAGAAUAUGCCAAAAUGCCAAACCCAUCGUUGCUUUUCCUUCUCUUCCUCAGCUCAGCCUCUCUAAUUUCCUUCUCUCAUGGAUCGUCUCUUGACCCCCAGCAUUCCCCUCUUCCAGAGUUCAUCAACGAGAGAGGAUUUAGCGGCCUCCCCAAAUUGAAUUCAGCGAGGUUUCUCGGCAAAGCUUCGGAUGAUUCUGCAACUCUGGUAUUGGCAGCCAAUAGGACCCAUAGGAGAGACCCCUUGAACGGAUUGAACUACUACAAUGGCGGAUGGAAUAUCACCAAUCAACAUUACUUAUCUUCGAUGGCAUUUUCGGCAGCUCCGAUGUUUAUCAUCGCCGGAGUUUGGUUCCUCAUGUUUGGAAUGUGCCUCUGUUGCAUCUGCUUGCGUCGCUGCUUCUGUUGCUGCCCCCAAAAAAAGGCUCUUGGCUAUUCCCAAACCGCGUUUGCUCUCUCCCUCACUCUCCUCAUUCUCUUCUCAGCUACUACGAUAACCGGAAGCGUCUCACUUUACGGUGGCCAGGGCAAGUUUCUAACCAGCGUGACCAAUUUAACCGAUUAUCUUCUGAAACGGACCGACACGGUCAUCGAAAACCUCGGUAAUGUGAUUAAUUAUCUGUUUGAUGCUAAGAACAUUGCGGUGGGGGAGGUGGCAUUGCCCCAAGAAUUGCAGGCAAACAUAGAUGAUGAUCAGAAAGAGGUCAAUCUUCUCAUCGACAAUUUCAGGAAUGUGACUCAGAACACAGCGAAUAACAUCCACAAUUUCCUAGUUCCUUUGAGGGUUGCCAUAGCUUAUGCGGCGACUGUUGCUCUCAUUUUGGCUGUUCUCGGAUUCCUACUUUCCAUUCUUGGAUUGCAAUGUUGCGUGGACUUCUUGAUGAUCUUCGGAUGGAUUGCUGUUGUAGGAGCAUUCAUCAUGAGCGGCAUGUUUCUCCUUGUUCAUAAUGCAGUUUCAGAUACAUGCGUUGCGAUGGAGGAGUGGCUUCAGAACCCAACGGCCAAUUCCGCCAUUGAAGACAUAAUCCCAAGAGCAAACGAGAACUUCACCAGAGACAUCCUGACGGGGACGAAAGCCGUCACCUUUGCCCUCGUCAAUGCAACUAACUUCGCCAUCGCCACCGCCUACAACUCCAACUUGCCGCCCGAAGCCGGCCCUCUAUACUUCAAUCAGUCUGGUCCCCCGGUACCGGUUCUCUGCAAUCCCUUAGAUCUCAACCUCACCGACCAGCAAUGUGCCGGCGCCGAAGUGGGCCUGGAGAACGCACCGCAGGUCUGGAAAAACUACAUUUGCCAGGCUUCGCCGUCCGGCAUUUGCACUACGCCCGGCCGGUUAACUCCAAGUACUUACCGUCAGGUGACGGCGGCAGCGAACAUCAGCUAUGGGUUGCAUAAGUACGGUCCGUUUCUAGUUGGACUUGCAGACUCGACAUUCUUGUGGGAGACGAUCGCCGAUGUAAGUAAGAAUCACUGUCCGGACAUGAGGAGAUCGGCCAAAUGGACUUACAGUGCGUUCGCAGCGGUGGCGGCGGCGCUAAUGCUGUCGUUGAUAUUGUGGGUGGUCUAUGCGCCGCAACGAAGACGACGAAGACGCACCCAGAAAGCAUUCAGGAGGGGCCAUGGAAGUUGAAUUUCAAGCUUAAUUUUCAAGCCUGAUGCGGUGUGUGCGCGCACGCUGUCGCAGCUACAAGAACGUUUGGCCUUUCGUUUUUUAAGAUGGUU